UUCCGUUCUUCGCCAAACAAAAAUGGCUUCAAUUUCAUCUCUCAUAAUCCCUCCACAAAAUCUCUUCUCAACAAAAACCCAUCUCACAAUCCAAUCAAAAUUCCCCGCUUUGCAAUUGAACUUCCCUAAACUCUCUUAUUCUGUAUUCCAUCUCAAGUCAACCGGCAAAGACUACUCCAAUUCGAGACUCUUUGCAGUAGCUGAAGAAACUUCUGUUGACACCUCUUCAGAGGCUGCCAGGAAACUCUACAUAGGCAACAUUCCCAGAAAUAUUGAUAAUGAUGAGCUUGCAAAGAUUGUUCAAGAACACGGUGCUGUUGAGAAAGCCGAGGUCAUGUAUGAUAAGUACACUGGAAGGAGUCGCCGGUUUGCCUUUGUCACAAUGAAAACUGUUGAGGAUGCAAAUGCAGCAAUUGAGAAACUGAACAGCACCGAAAUUGGUGGACGCGAGAUAAAAGUAAACAUCACAGAGAAACCUUUGGCAGCAGUUGAUUUGUCUAUCCUCCAAGCUGAUGAUUCUGACUUUGCUGACAGUCCCCACAAAGUUUAUGUGGGAAAUCUUGCAAAGACAGUAACAACAGAAACACUCAAGAACUUUUUCUCUGAGAAGGGAAAGGUUCUUAGUGCAAAAGUUCAACGGGUCCCAGGAACGUCAAAAUCAAGUGGUUAUGGGUUUGUUUCAUUCUCUUCAGAAGAGGAUGUUGAAGCUGCAAUCUCGGCUCUUAACAAUUCACAGUUGCUGGAAGGACAACCAAUUCGCGUAAACAAGGCAUAGUAUGGUUGACAGCGGCAUAUCUAGGAUUUUGGAGAGUGAUCAACUUGUAUCAAUUGUAUUUGAAAUGUAAAACACACUGAAUUAGCAUUUUAGUCUCUCAAUUUUAUUGUUGGAUGUAGAAGCUUGUUGGUUAUAAGAGAAAAGAUUUGAAGAAGUCAUCAGGCAUAUGCUGUAGAAUGGUGCCUUUCAGUUCAACAAAUCAUGUCAAGCUUUGUUCAUGAAUUCAUGUAUCACAUAGAUGGCCAAGGCCAUCACCUUAUUAAUUUAAAGCUACUUUAA